CAUAAAACUACACAUAAACCUGCUCAGGGCGGAAAUUAAAUCCAGCAAGACGCGUAUCCACCGCCUAUGACAGCUCUCGUUGACAAAUAACAUCACAUGACAAGCCUCACCUGACUCCUGUUCUGUCAAUACUAGAAAGAUCUCGAGAAACAAUUUCGACCACUUGAACUGACGUACACUUCCCCAGAUUCUCCCUUGAAGAUGACCCGUCCAACUUGGAUGAGAUGCCUCUGAUGAUGUCGGAGGAAGGCUUUGAAAACGAUGAGAGCGACUACCAGACUCUGCCCCGGGCCAGAGCCAACAGCCGGCGCAAGGGCUUGGCCUGGUUCCUGUGUGGGGGCUGGAAGGUCCUCUGUGGCAGCUGCUGUGACUGCCUGGCACGCUGCUGUCGGAGAAAGAAGGAGCUAAAGGCACGGACGGUGUGGCUUGGCUGUCCGGAGAAAUGUGAAGAGAAAUACCCCAAAAAUGGCAUCAAGAACCAGAAGUACAACGUCAUCACUUUUGUGCCUGGGGUCCUGUAUCAGCAGUUCAAGUUCUUCCUCAACUUGUACUUUCUGGUUGUGUCCUGUUCUCAGUUUGUGCCAUCAUUAAAGAUUGGAUAUUUGUACACGUACUGGGCCCCGCUGGGUUUUGUGUUGGCGGUGACGAUGGUCCGAGAGGCGGUGGAUGAAGUGCGUCGUUUCCAAAGAGACAAAGAGAUGAACUCUCAGCUCUACAGCAAACUCACUGUCAGAGGAAAAGUCCAGGUGAAGAGUUCAGACAUACAAGUGGGAGAUCUGAUCAUUGUUGAAAAGAACCAGAGGAUUCCUGCAGACAUGAUCUUUCUGAGAACAUCAGAGAAAAAUGGUGCCUGUUUCAUCCGCACAGAUCAGCUGGAUGGAGAGACAGACUGGAAACUCAAAGUGGCUGUGGGCUGCACACAAAGACUUCCUGCUGUCGGGGACCUCUUCUCCAUCAAAGCCUUCGUUUACGCCCAGAAGCCCCAGCUGGACAUCCACAGUUUCGAGGGCAACUUCACGCGGGAGGACACAGACCCCCAGAUUCACGAGAGUCUGAGCAUCGAGAACACACUGUGGGCAAGCACCGUCGUUGCAUCAGGGACCGUCAUCGGGGUGGUGAUCUACACGGGAAAAGAGACCAGGAGCGUUCUGAACACGUCCUACGCCAAAAACAAGGUGGGCCUUCUGGACCUGGAGCUGAACCGUUUGACCAAAGCGCUGUUCCUGGCUCAGGUGGUGCUGUCUGUGGUGAUGGUGGCUCUGCAGGGCUUCAGUGGGCCCUGGUUCAGAAACCUCUUCAGAUUCGUUGUUCUCUUCUCUUACAUCAUUCCCAUCAGUUUGCGAGUGAACCUGGACAUGGGGAAGGCUGCGUACGGCUGGAUGAUCAUGAAGGAUGAGAACAUACCAGGGACCGUGGUGAGGACCAGCACCAUCCCAGAGGAGCUCGGGAGACUGGUCUACCUCCUCACGGACAAGACAGGAACAUUGACACAGAAUGAAAUGAUCUUUAAGCGGCUUCACUUGGGAACAGUGUCCUACGGCACAGACACAAUGGACGAGAUCCAGAGCCACAUCAUACAGUCUUAUGCACUGGUGCCGCCCCAGCCCUCCAAUGGCAGCACCAGUGGAGCCACCCCGUCCAGGAAGCCCCAGUCGUCAGGUCCAAAGGUGCGGAAGUCCGUGAGCAGUCGGAUCCACGAGGCGGUGAAGGCCAUCGCUCUGUGCCACAAUGUCACUCCCGUGUACGAAAAUCACGGCAACGGAGGAGAGCCAGAGACCACCGAGGCCGACCAGGACUUCAGCGAUGACAACCGCACCUACCAGGCCUCCAGUCCAGACGAGGUGGCGCUGGUGCGGUGGACAGAGAGCGUGGGUCUGACCCUGGUGAACCGUGACCUGGCCUCUCUGCAGCUGAAGACUCCCUCAGGGCAGAUCCUCUCCUUCCACAUCCUCCAGAUCUUCCCCUUCACCUCCGAGAGCAAGAGGAUGGGCAUCAUAGUCAGGGAGGAGUCCACAGGAGACAUCACAUUUUACAUGAAAGGGGCCGAUGUGGCUAUGGCCAGUAUCGUCCAGUACAACGACUGGCUCGAAGAAGAGUGUGGGAAUAUGGCCAGAGAAGGACUGAGGACUCUGGUGGUGGCCAAGAAGUCCUUGUCUGAAGAGCAGUACCAGGAUUUUGAGAACCGUUAUAACCAGGCGAAGCUGAGUAUCCAUGACCGCGGGCUGAAGGUGGCAGCGGUGGUGGAGAGUCUGGAGCGGGAGAUGGAGCUUCUGUGUUUGACCGGAGUCGAGGACCAGCUCCAGGCCGACGUCAGGCCCACACUGGAACUGCUCCGAAACGCUGGGAUCAAGAUUUGGAUGUUGACCGGUGACAAACUUGAGACUGCCACCUGCAUCGCCAAGAGCUCUCACCUCGUCUCCAGGAACCAGGACAUCCACGUCUUCAAACCUGUGUCUAACCGCGUAGAGGCCCAUCUGGAGCUCAACGCCUUCAGGAGAAAACACGACUGCGCCUUGGUCAUCUCUGGAGACUCACUAGAGAUGUGUCUGAGUUACUAUGAGCACGAGUUCGUGGAGUUGGCCUGUCAGUGUCCGGCUGUGGUCUGCUGCCGCUGCUCUCCCACUCAGAAGGCUCAGAUCGUCACUCUCCUGCAGCAGCACACGGACAACAGGACCUGCGCCAUCGGUGAUGGAGGAAAUGAUGUUAGUAUGAUUCAAGCUGCAGACUGUGGCAUUGGCAUAGAGGGAAAGGAGGGGAAACAGGCCUCUCUGGCUGCAGACUUCUCCAUCACUCAGUUCAAACACAUCGGGCGUCUGCUCAUGGUCCACGGCAGAAACAGCUACAAACGCUCGGCUGCUCUGGGGCAGUUUGUGAUGCACAGGGGCAUGAUCAUCUCCACCAUGCAGGCCGUCUUCUCCUCCAUUUUCUACUUUGCCUCCGUGCCGUUGUAUCAGGGUUUCCUCAUGGUCGGUUACGCCACAAUCUACACCAUGUUCCCUGUGUUCUCUCUGGUUCUGGAUCAGGACGUUAAACCAGAGAUGGCGCUGCUGUACCCCGAGCUCUACAAAGACCUCACAAAGGGCCGAUCACUGUCCUUUAAGACCUUCCUCAUUUGGGUUUUGAUCAGUGUUUAUCAAGGUGGAAUCCUGAUGUACGGCGGCCUGGUGCUGUUCGAGUCGGAGUUUGUUCACGUCGUGGCCAUCUCCUUCACCGCGCUCAUUCUCACCGAGCUCCUCAUGGUGGCGCUCACGAUCCGCACGUGGCACUGGCUCAUGGUCGUGGCCGAGUUCUUCAGUCUGGGCUGUUACUUGGCCUCGCUCGCCUUCCUCAACGAAUACUUUGAUUUGUCCUACAUCACGACUUGGCCUUUUCUGUGGAAGGUUUCUGCGAUCACUCUGGUCAGCUGCCUCCCGCUCUACAUCAUCAAAUACCUGAAGCGCAAAUUCUCUCCUCCCAGCUACUCCAAGCUCUCCUCCUGAACCAAACCACCGCCGCCAUUUUCAUUUUUUUCUAACUUAUUUUUUUCUUUUGAACGUUAUAUUUUGAGCACUUUUCGAACUUCAUUCACUGACUAAUGUACCUGUGGAAAACCAGGACGCAGUGGACCAACCAGAGGAGCGGAACAGCGUCAUUUGAUUUGGAUGUAAGACUUUUUUGGAUUACUUGAAAAUACAUGAGCACAUAUAAUUGAGUUCAAACUGACACAAGGAAAAAAAGGAGACAAUUUUGCCUUUUUGUUGAACAGCAUUUACAGCAAUUUUUAUACUUUGGACCUUUUUAUAUGUGCUGUUUUUAAGUGUUGGUUUUUAAAAACACAAAUUGCUGACCUGUCUUUUUUACAGUGUUGUGUUGCGGUUAAGGACUCGUCGUAAAUCUUUUGACUGUUUUUUUGUUAAUAAAGCCAUUUUACUCUGAAACCUUCUGCUCUCGACCUCAAAGUAUCGGACAAGGAUUGACCAAAAAGAGCCACUUCCAACGUACAAGUCAAAACACUGUAUUUCUAUGUGAGCGGACUCUGCGUUUCUUUGUAUCUGCUGCUAGUUUGUACUGUAUGUUUAGCACAAAUCAUUUAAAGACUUUUGCUGCGUUCAUGGCGUGAUUGGAAACUCGGGAAUUUUUUGAGAAAAAUGCACAUAAAUGAAAGAAAGUUGAAAAGAAAAAACAACUCUGGGACUCAAGAUGAAAACGAACAAACAGACGACUCCUGUUAUAUGAAGACAAAUUUAAUUAAACUGAUUGUAUUUUUAGAUAAAGUAAAAUAAAACGUUAAUGUUAAAGGUGCAUUGUGUAACUUUUCAAGUGGAGGGUCCGUCACCUUCUUAUUUCCAUGGAGAUGUUGCCUGAAAUGUUCCACAGUAUGAAAUUAUCCAAUCCAGUCCAACUUUAUUUGUAUACCACAUUUUACCAACACAAAGUCUCCAAAGUGCUGCACAGAGUGGCACAAAAUAAAAUAACACAUUAAAUAAAAUAAAGUCAGUAAAAAUAUAAUAAUAUAAUAAAAUACAAAAAUUUGUAAAUAGAAAAAUAGCAAAUCAAAUCAAUAAAAAACAGUUAGAGGAGCACACAGUUCUCAUGCCUUUUACGCUUAUUUAUCUUUACAGAGGCAACAGGUGACGUUAUAGGGUCAGAUCUGUGGAGAGGUGAGCCCGUUCGCAGUAAGAUUGCAAGUUUUUAAGUCAAUAAAAAGUUACGCAGUGCACCUUUAAGCUUCUGUAAAGGCGAACAACAAGAAAUUUUACUGUUAGUUUCAUUAAAGGGCCCAUGUUAGGCUGUUUUCUGAUCUGUUAUAAUGUUUCCUCGUCAAAAACAGACCUGGAGUUGUGUUUUGUUUCAUUCACACAUGUUUAACACACAAACCCUGCACAUUUAGGCUGUGUUCUUCUCUCAAAAGCAACAGAAAACGCACACCAAAAUUCUUGUAGAGGUGCAAAUGCAAGGAGCAGCCAGACAAGAGUGAAAAAAUGCUUAGCACACUCAGAUGGCCGAUAUCCAAAAGCUUUGGACCACAGCACAAGAAAAAUAUCUGAUGAAGGCUUUUUUUUUGCCAAAAUGUUAUUUUAAAAAUAAAAAAGCUUUUGGAUAUCGGCCAUCUGAGUGUGCUAGGCAAGGCAAGGCAAGGCAAGUUUAUUUGUAUAGAACAAUUCGUACACAAAGUAAUUCAAAGUGCUUUACAGAAUAAGAAAUACAUUAAAAUCAAAAUAAAAACAAAUCAAAACAUAAAUCAUCAUAAAGAUUAAAAAAAAAAAAAAAAAGAGACAGACAUAAAUUAGAAGUGUGCUAUGCAUUUUUUCACUUUUGUGUUCUUCUCUCAAACAGAAAACACUCUGUUCCACCUUGUGAUGUAAUUUGGUAAUACAGGAAGUGCUCCACUGUGUUUUUAAACUCCGUACGUCUUCACUAGAAUCAUUUGGAUAAUUUCAGCCUUGGAAUUGCCAAGCUCUACUGAACAAAAGGUAAAAUAGAGGUCAGCGCAAAACAGAAUUUUCAGUCCUGCUCCCGCCUGUGCCCACAGAGAAUUGUAAUUUUCAUUCCCGCUCCUGCCUGCAUCUGCAAUAUUUUUUCCAGCCCGCAAAUCCCACAGGAUGGAAGCGUUUAUUUUCUUAAGCUCUGUCAAACACAGAGAAGCAGAAAGGAAUUGUCUAAAAUGUGCACAAGAUUAGACCACGUCCACAAGUUUAGGCUGUUUAAAGUGUUUUUAUUAAUGCCAAAUAAAAUAUCCAGCACAAAUGAUGUAUUAUAGGAGCACAUUCACCAUUUGUAUAUUUUACUUUACACUCAUAUUUAGUUUGCGGGACAGCAGUUUAUCAGCUCACCCACCCACUCCCGCCCGCGCCUGCAAUGAGCUUUCAGAAUAUGUCCCGCACCACACUCUUUUGCAUCGAGGCCCUUGGGAGUGCAGGGCUCUAAAACAUAGCUUGAAAACUACCACCACAUGACAUCACAAGGUGGAACAGAGCAUUUUGAGAUUUGGAGACUUAUAAAGUGUUACUCAAACAUGUGUGAAUGAAACAAAACACAACUCCAGGUCUGUUUUUGACGAGGUAACAGCUUUAUAACAUGACUUAAAGCUUCAAGAAUCCAUUUUGUGUAAUUGAGCACCUUUAAACACUGUUAAUGACCAAACUUAAUGAUUUUAUUAUCGGUGACAUCAAAAUCCACACUUUCCGAGACAAAAGCACAUGAAUGUAAACAAGUCUAAGUCCCGCCGUCUCAUCUCACGGUCCCGAGUUUCCAAACAGCACCUGAACGCCGCAUUUGCUUCAUGCUGCUUUCAAAGACACAUCCGUCGCAUGUGCUGUCAGUGUUUAAGCAUGUCAACGCCAGCGAGUAAAUACCGAAAUAUUACGCAACUUUUAUUACAUUAUUGGUUUAAAAAAAUGCACUAUUUGUUCUGAGUUGAUGUCUGUUCUUGAGCCCAGCACCGAAAAGAAGCACACUCACUUUUUUAAUCCAGAAAGUGCACACCAGCAUGUCCAUGUAAGGCGACUUUUGUAUAAAUAAAUGAAUGAAACAAAAAUAGUCAAAUUGUCAAGUCCACUUUACAGAUUUACCACUAGAAAAACCACUAGAAAGAGCAAAACAAAGCUCGGAAAAUGCACCGUAAUGUAUCUUUAACUACCACUUGAUCUGGACACUGAAGAAUGAAUUUAUGUGCAUUAAAGAGGGGGUAUUAUGCUUUUUUUUACAGGUUUCUACUGUGUUAUAACAAUGUCCCCUCAUCAAAAACAUCCCUGAAGAGUUUGCAGACGUCAUCCAUGCAUGUUUGAGUAAUUUAGUGAUCUUUCUCAGGCCCUAUUCCAACCCUGUUUAUGAUUACCUGUAAGAUUCUGUUCAAUGCAUUUCUCCGGUUAAAUUUAAGACAUAUUGUGCACGGUCCCUUUCUUGUCUCAUAAAUAAACUAAAAUAAAUAAACAAAGCUCCGCCCACAAGCCUACGUCCCCCACACUCCCACACGACAACUCUCCAUAAAUAUACAAAAACACGAUACAAAACUGCGCACAAAAACUUGACAAACCUGAUACGACGUGCAGUAGUUUUGCCGUUUUUAUCCACGCUCAUUUUGUUGUGAUAGCGCUCUGAAGGGGGAUUGACUUAGCGUGGAGAGCAAAGAGAGUGGAAAAAGGGAAAAUUAAUAAAACAUAUACAUUUCCAAAACAAUAAAAGGUAACAUGGUGAUCUAAAUAUGUUAUGUAUUAGGAAUUUAAUACCCCAAAGAAGUAAAAAAAGUACCCCCUCUUUAAUUAAAACUACUGAAAUCUUGUAUGUUUGUUUGAUUAUUAAGUUACGUUAAGUUGGUUUAUAUUGUUUAAACUUUGAAGAUACAAGCAAAAUUAUGGUUAACAGGGUUGAAAAUGAUGUAUUUCCCAAAACUAUUUUAUUUUUUAAGAUCAAUUACCUUUUAUUUUUUCUUAAAUCAGAAAUAUUUGUAGAUUAUUAUGACCACACGAGCUCAUCGAUUUAGUAGUGACCCUGAUGACGCUUGAAUGCACAGAAUUAACUAAAGAAAAACUGGAAAUAUUCUCACAAAUCCCGACAAUCUCAGCAGCCCGUGAAUGCACCAUCAGACCAGUAUUGUGAUUCGUGUAGUCCUGAUUGUAACUGCUUUUUUUUAGACAUAAUUUGAUUGUUGGUUCGAUCACUUUGUGCCUCUUUACUGCUGUGUCAAGUCUUUAAAAUCAUCCUUAUUUAUGUAUGUUUUUUAUGUUGUGUAAGAAAAGGACUGGUAUAAAAGUUUUAAGUGUACAUGA